CCUUCCUGUGUCUAGUUCAGACUACUGCUUUCCUGCAUCUACACCGGCUGCAUCCCCCAUCAGAAAACUCCCCACUCACCGAACGCAUCAUGAAUUUCUGGGUUGGUUGGGCGCUCUGGCAGAAACUGAGCUUUGCGCUCGCAGGUCUUCUGGCAUUGGUACUGGUGUACUCAUUCAUUGUCCUAGCCUACAACAGGCGAAAGACACAGAAGUAUGCCACCGCUGAAGCACGACAGAAAGCAGAGAUGCAACCCAUGCUGGCCGAACCGAGCGACAUACCAUUUGGUGCUAGAGCUUUGGAGAAGGGAAUUCAAGUAGAAGGCAUAUGGACACCCGAUUGCCGUUCUGCGAGACAGUCUACCACUCACUCGGGUAGUAGACCUGAAAGUAUUGCGUCGGCACCCAAGCCGACGUUGAUGGCGCUGACAGGAGAUGACAUCCAAGGUCUUGAGCGGACAUACCAACCGGCACCUAGCCCGAGCCUCUAUGACCAGUGCAACUCCGCCAAGGUUCUAGACAUCGAAUACGGACAAUCAGACUACAUCUCUCUUUCGCCAACCAACCAGUCUCUACAGCUGGAUGGCCCCAUUAUUAUUGAACCGGAAUGCUCUCCAGAUCUAGACAAGCGUCGUUCAAGGUGGUUUGGUGCGCGAAGCUCGUGGGUCAAGAAGCCCUUCGAUAGCUACAAAAGAAGAUCAACACCAGAGGGUAAGAUCCUGAAGUAUAUUGGCCUGGACUCGAAAAGCUAAGCAUACACAGGGCUUCGCCGCACUUCAUCGGAGAGCUUCAGAAGGAGAAUCAGCAAACUCAUAGACGAGAAUAUCCGGACGAACCCAGCUGAGAUAUACCAACUAAGAGCCAUUAACCAGGAGACGCUCGAAGGUCGUAGAACGCCAUCACCGACGAGGUCGCAAGGC